GUAAAAACAAACAAAAAAAAAUCAUAAAACUUAUCUAGUAAAACAUUUUGAUUAAUAUUGAUCCAUCUCAAGUCUGUUGACAGCAUUAAAAAAAAUAAAUGUUCUAAAUGUAGUUUAACAUUUGUUUUCACACUUUGAUUUUUUUUUUAUUUUUGCAGAUAAUAGGUAGUCUGAAAAUAAUGUAGAUAAAAAUUAUGUAUUUUUUCCCCAGAUUUACAACUAAAUGUUUUUAUGUGAUAUCCGGCCCUACUAAAAAUACACUACAGCUAUUUUUUGUUUCAUGAAUUUGCCCGCCAAAUCCAGCAACGGUCAUUCAGCAGCAGCUUGAACAAACCCAGUCAUUGUUCAGCAACGGAACAGCCUCGGCCAAUCAUACAAGAGGUACAGCACAGUUUCAUUUACACGCUAUGUCUAUAAACACCGCCUCCAUUCCGCCCCCUCAUCAUUCUCUGUCGAGAAACUCGAGAGGAAGCAUGCCUGAACCCGCCAAGUCCGCGCCCAAGAAGGGCUCCAAGAAAGCCGUCACCAAGACCGCCGGCAAAGGAGGCAAGAAGAAGAGAAAGACCAGGAAGGAGAGCUACGCCAUCUACGUCUACAAGGUGCUCAAGCAGGUCCACCCCGACACCGGCAUCUCCUCCAAGGCCAUGAGCAUCAUGAACUCCUUCGUCAACGACAUCUUCGAGCGCAUCGCCUCCGAGGCUUCUCGUCUGGCUCACUACAACAAGCGCUCCACCAUCACCUCCAGGGAGAUCCAGACCGCCGUGCGCCUCCUGCUGCCCGGAGAGCUGGCCAAGCACGCCGUGUCUGAGGGCACCAAGGCCGUCACCAAGUACACCAGCUCCAAGUAAAACGGACUGCCGUCAACAAACAAACCCAACGGCUCUUUUAAGAGCCACCCACAUGAUCUGAAGAGCUUAUAUUCCUUACAUUAGGUCUAAAUGUUCUCUGUUCUGUGUGGUAUUUGCUGAUGAAGAAAGUGGUGAAUCAAUGUGGACAGCGGUGCUUUCAAUGGUGCUGAACGCUGAAGAGAAAACCACCGAGGACCACUUUGAUUCAUUGAGAAGUGAAUCAUAAAAAUGUUGCUAACACGGAAAUGUGGUCCCUUUAUUCCACACUAAAAAUCCUAGGAUUCAUCUACACUAGGACAAUUCUUGUAAUUGUAAAGGCUGACGGUAAUUGUAGUUCCAUUAAUUCAUAUAAAAAGCCCAAGUACAGUCUCCUCUCUACGUUCUACCUUUGCAGGAUCACCACAUAGUGGCCUUCUGAUGGAAAGAAAAGCACCUGCAUCUGAAAAGCUCAACCCUAUGAAAAAAAAUAAAGAAAAAAAAUGUGUUGUAAAUGCAUAGUUAAGCAAAAAGGUUGCAAAUGUUUCAUUUUUACAAAUCAUGAUUGUUUGUCUUAAGACAUUUUGUUUGCAAUUUAGGAGUUAUUAAUUUAAAAACUGACUUUGUAAUAUGGCGUUGCAAAAAUUAUUACAUAACCCCCCCCUUCCUUUUUUUUCUCCAAAAAGAUGUAGCUGCUGGGUCCAGUAUUGUAUUUUUUCUUUAUUUUGUAAUUUUUUAAUGUUUGCUCAAAAUGUUUUAUGAGUUACAUAAAAUUUUGCACGUACAAAUAAUUAUGCACCCACAAAUCGGAGUGAGUAUAUUCUUUCCAUACAAACCACCCACUUCCAUACAAUUCAUUCAUUUGACUUUAAAUAAACCACAUUCUAUUUUUUUCUCUACUGAAAAUCAUUUUUGUUUUAAUGCUAAACAUCAGAUAGACACACGACUAAUUGUUUAUAAAAAUAAUUAG